UUCCUUAAGUUUUAGCGGGGAUCUACUUUUUGCGAUGCGAAAACGAGCGACAUGUGACCAACCGACAUACAUACAAGUAGAUAGAGUGAAGGUCACGUUCCCGGCAUACUGACAAGCGAAUCUGGUGCAGGUUUAUUUUGAAUAAUGAUGUACUGUAAUGUAAUGAUGUAGUUGAUAUAAAUAAGAAUUGGGUAAGUAAAGAUUUGUUGGAAGUAGGAGUGCUUGCUGGAGUCUUUGACAGCUGAGCAGUCGAAGCUGGCCUUUUGGACUGUGCCUUGUUUUCAACACAAGAAUCCCAUUCCAAAGAUGUCCAUGAAAUGCAAUGCUGAUGAUAUGAGCCGUGUUGUCUGGACAUUGAGCUGAGGCGAGGGAGAAUGGGCUUCUCUUGCCUGGUGCAGAAAAUAGCAGGAAAAUGCAGCUGCAAACAAUCAUAUAUUGAAGGCCCAUCUCAAUCAGAUGGGACAUGCCAAAAUUUUCGGUGUUGGCACAAAUUUCUUUUAGUGACAGGACUUCUGCUACUAGCUUUUGUCAUUGGCAGCUUUGUUCUUUACAGUAGAAAUACACAAACAUUGUCAAUAUGGCAGAGCUCCAAUGAAAUACAAGAGCACUUAUCUGUAGAGUCCAAUGAUAUACAGAACAAUGUGUCCUUUGCCAUGGCCCCGGCUUCUGUUCUUACAGAGGAGGCUAUCUCUAGUCCUUUGCAGCAGCCUGCCCCUAGUACCAUGCAGGAACUUGCUCCUAGUACUAUGCAGGAACCUGCUCCUAGUACUAUGCAGAGGACUGAUUCAAAAGAGAUUAAGGGUAAGUAUGAAGAGCAAUGCUUUGACAGAAGUGGAGCCUUGCCAAAAGCAGUAGUGCAGGAAACUUCAGACCUUGAGAUGCGAUCAUUGUGGGGUGAUCCUAUGGAGGAGGAUAAAAGAAAAAUUCCACAGAACUUGCUUGCAAUUUCAGUAGGAAUAAAGCAGAAAGAAAAUGUGAAGAAAAUGCUUGAGAAGUUUUGUCCAGAGAACUUUACUGUGAUGCUAUUCCAUUAUGAUGGGGUAAUAGAUAAAUGGAGUGAUUUAAAAUGGAGUGAGAGGGCUAUUCAUGUGGCUGCAAUCAAUCAAACUAAGUGGUGGUUUGCAAAAAGAUUCUUGCAUCCAGAUAUAGUUGCCAUUUACAACUAUAUUUUCCUUUGGGACGAGGAUCUUGGAGUUGAAAAUUUCAAUGCAGAUAGAUACUUGACUAUUAUGGAGGAAGAAGGAUUGGAAAUUUCACAGCCUGCUUUGGAUAGAUCUAAGUCAGAGGUUCACCAUGAAAUCACUGCAAGGAUUAAACGAUCAAGGGUCCACAGAAGGAUGUAUAAAAAUCGAGGUGGUCAUCUAUGCUUCGAAAAUAGCACUGGACCUCCUUGUACUGGAUGGGUAGAGAUGAUGGCUCCUGUAUUCUCACGGGCUGCAUGGCGCUGUACAUGGGGUAUGAUCCAGAAUGAUUUGAUCCAUGGUUGGGGAAUCGAUAUGAAGCUUGGCUAUUGUGUACAGGGAGACCGAAGCAAGAAUGUUGGGGUGAUUGAUAGUGAAUAUAUAGUACAUCAAGCAAUACCCUCUUUGGGAAAUAAUGAUGAAAACUUACAGAACCCUGAGGUUCUUUCUCAACCUGAGACCUCAAAUGUGAGAAGUCCAGGUCAUCGCAAAGCAAGCUUUGAUAGAAGAGUAGAGAUGAGAAGACGAGCAUAUAUUGAAAUGAAUAUUUUCAAGCAAAGGUGGGCUGGGGCGGUUGAGGAAGACAAGUGUUGGAUUGAUCCAUAUGGAGAUUACAAGUUCAAAUCAGCUGGGAAGGCAGAUGAUCAAACCAAUUGAUCCAGUGUUCAAUCUUUUAAGAUUGGAUCAUGUAAAAAUGUGCUUAUAAUUCUUUUAUAAUAAGGCAGGCAUGUAACAAUAUCUUUUUAUUGUUUUAGAAUAAUCUUCCUCUGGAAUUUUAUCCACGUGUAAAGUACCUACCUCUUAAUUCUUUAAUAAGAAAUUUAUGAUUGCAAUUUUCAAUUAAUCAACAAAA